CCCUGCGAGUACGGAGGAAGGAGAGGGAGUGAGAGGGAGGCGGGGCCUGAAGGCUUGGAAAGCGCGCGCGACUUGAAUAGACUUUUGACGGGUUCCCGCGCUGCUCCACCGGUACGGCUCUCGCCAAGCGGACGGACCCGGGACGGGCAGCUGUUGUUGCUGUCACCGCUCGCUUCUUCCCUUCCCGAAGGAUUCAGGGGUAUGGCGUCUGCACUGCCAAAUUUUCAACCACCAAUUCCUUGGUAGAAGAUAGAAGACAGAACAACUUAGAAGUAGGCAAAUCAGUCAACAGCUACUAGAAUAGCUUCCUGAAUCUGACUUCAGUAGAACUAUGGGGAUCCAAGGUUUGCUUCAAUUUAUCAAAGAGGCUGCUGAACCUUCUCAUGUGAAGAAGUACAAAGGACAAGUUGUUGCUGUAGAUACAUACUGUUGGCUCCACAAAGGAGCCUAUGCAUGUGCUGAAAAGCUAGCCAAAGGAGAACCCACAGAUCAAUAUGUAGCUUAUUGUAUGAAACUUGUUGAUAUGCUUCUGUCAUUUGGAGUCAAACCGAUUCUAGUGUUUGAUGGAUGUACCCUGCCUUCCAAAAAGGAAGUUGAAAAGUCACGAAGAGAAAAACGGCAAGCAAAUCUUCUGAAGGGGAAACAGCUGCUCCGUGAAGGGAAAGUAUCAGAAGCCAGAGAGUGUUUUGCACGUAGCAUUAAUAUUACGCAUGCUAUGGCCUGUGAAGUUAUUAAAGCUGCCCGAGCCCAAGGAAUAGAUUGCAUUGUUGCUCCAUAUGAAGCUGAUGCUCAGCUAGCCUAUCUUAACAGGACGGGCAUAGUCGAAGCUAUAAUUACAGAGGAUUCUGAUCUUCUUGCUUUUGGAUGUAAAAAGGUAUUUCUGAAAAUUGACAAAUUUGGAAAUGGUUUGGAAAUUGACCAGGUUCGGCUAGGAAUGUGCAAACAACUUGGUGAUGUGUUCACAGAAGAGAAAUUCCGUUACAUGUGUAUACUGUCUGGCUGUGACUACCUUCCAUCACUUCAUGGUAUUGGGUUAGGCAAGGCUUGCAAACUACUAAAAAUAUCCAAUAACCCUGAUAUUAUAAAGGUCAUUGGGAAAAUGGGACAGUAUUUGAAGAUGAAUAUUUUGGUACCAGAAGAAUACAUACAAGGAUUUAUUCGUGCUAAUAAUACUUUCCUCUAUCAGUUGGUUUUCGACCCAAUCAGGAGGAAACUUGUUCCUUUGAAUGCUUAUGAAGAUGAUGUUGAUCCAGACACACUCCUUUAUGCAGGGAAAUACUUUGGCGAUAGUGCUGCUUUUCAAAUUGCACUUGGAAAUAAAGACAUCAAUACAAUGGAGCAAACUGAUGAAUACAACCCUGAUACUUCACAGUCUGUACAGCCAAGAAGUCGUGGCUGGAGUGACAAAUGUGUUAGGGAGAAGCCAUCCAAUUUAAAGAGUAUUUGGUGUAGAGACUACAAACCUGGAUCCGCUGUCAAGAUUACAACAGAUUCAACACCAUUAUUAGAGAAACCCACAACCAGAGGCCUGGAGCGGCUAAUUAACAUGAAAGGGCUGAAACUUCCCAGCAAAGCACUUAUGGCAAAAAGGCCAAGGCUUGAAGAGUUGUCAGAAGGAGAUCUGUUGAGCCAGUAUUCUUUUUCAAACCCCAAAAAAUUCAAGACAGAAAACAGUGGCGAUGGCGAGCAUCAUGAGUUUGUUAGUGCUAUGUCUGUGACCAAUGCUUCAAAGGACUCUUGCAGAAACAAAGAGAGUUCAGACUCCCAGCCUAGGCUUAGAAAUAAAUUUGCCUUCGUUCUCCAGAAGAAGAAUGAACAGAAUGGUGCAGUUGUUGUUCCAGGGACUAGAAGCAGAUUCUUCUGCAACAUCAUGGAUCUUCCUGACAAUACAUCAAAAAGUGAAAUCCACCAACCAUACCAAAGCAGUGAAGUGGAUUGUCAAAUUGUGAAAGCGGAAAGUGGAAUAACAGAAGAUCACAGUCCUUGCUCUUCAGACACUGGAGAAACCAAAAGAACCAUCUUGCCAUCACCUGGGACAGCACACACAAGCUGUUUCAAUUGGUCUAGAAGCUUUGCAGAAAGAUCUGAGACACCCAGUCUGUCUCGAAGUGUAGCGUUGUUAAAGCAGUUUUACCGGCAAACACCCAGCAAAGUCACACCCCAGGAUUGUGAGGUGUCUGGGUCACAAAUAUUAAGAACCACAGCAAGUAAAGAGUCUAGCAAAGAAUCCUCACCUUUAAAAGAACUGCAAGAUUCAUCAGAACAGGAGAUUGACAGGCUGACACAAAGUGGACUGAAUACUUCAGAAAAUUCACCAAUAACCAAGAAAAACACUGUUUCUGGCAGAGAAUCUGACUGCAGUCCAGAAGCAGAAUGUAAUUUGAAUUCUCGAAUCUUUCCAUUCUUUGACUCAUCGUGUAUUGAGAAUAAGGAUACCGUUUUCAAGAGUGUGGUUCCUGGAUUACCUAAAACUAGUUCUGUGAGACCCCAUCCUGUGACAAAAUGCAAGUCAAUGAUGACUGCCAAAGUUAGUGGCUUAAGCAAGAAAAUGAUCAGUGCAAAGAAGAAAAACCAUCAUAAUGCUGAAAAUAAAUCAGGGUUGCAGGUGACAAUUAAUGAACUAUGGAAGACCUUCCAGUUUAAACGGGAGUCUGAACGGCUGCCCUCCUGUAGAAAAUCAGAGCCAUUGUCUCCAAUUAAAGAUAACAACAUCCAGCUCACUCCAGACACAGAUGAUGACACUGUUAAUAAACUUGAAUUCAGUCAUGUGCAACAGAAGAUAUUUCAAUGAACUGAUCCUGCAGACCUGAGCAAAAUUGUAAUCAUUGGUCAACAUAACUUCCAAACAUUGUGUUUGUUUGUUUCUGGACACACAAAUCAAAGUAACAUUUAUAUAUAUAUUUGGAUGGGAGUUGUAUAUUUCAGUCUUAUCAGAGAUCUUAUCUGCUUCUGUUUUGAAAGAAGCAAAGUGAAUUGUACAGUGUUUAUAUCUGCUUGAAUAAAAUAAAUGUGGCUACAAA